CAGGGCUGUUUAUUUUGUGCAGUCACCAGCACUCCAAGCUGAUGGUUUUUUUUCUGCUGCACAGCUAAGAAAGAGUGACUGAGAAAGGGAAAAGCACUGGUGACGGUUAGGAGGGAGGGAAACGGAGAAGAAGAGGAAGGAAGAGCUGGUCUAUAUAAAGCAGAGAGGUGUGGUUUGUUAGAGCGUUUUGGGGAGAUCUUCUGAGGCUGAACUGCAGAGUGACUGAAGCCACUUGUGUGAAUGUGUGUGUCCAUGCAGGUUGGAAUACAGUGUUUGUGAAUUGGGUGUGUGUCUGUGUGAGUGUGUGGGACGAUGCCGGGGCUUGAGACCAGCUUGGUGGCACGACGCUGCCUCACCUUCGCUACAGGUCUGGUGGAGUGUCUGUGUUUUGCUGGAGCUGUUUUCGGAUGGGCUUCCCUUGUCUUUGUGCUCAAACAGGAGGGAUACUUCAGCUCUCUGUGCGUCAACGCCACAGGAGUCAAUUCAACGCAGGUUCUAGAUUGCAGCAGACAAGAUGAGCAGUUCUCACUUGUCUUCACCAUUGCAUCCUUUAUGAAUAAUUUCCUGACGUUGCCCAACGGUUUCCUCUUUGACCGGUUUGGAACGACAGCGGCUCGACUUUUUGGAAUAUUUCUUUACACCACGGGUACAUUGAUGGUGGCCUUCUCAACUUCAGUUCUGCCCAGCCUGCUCUUCCCAGCCCUCUCCCUCCUGGCUGUGGGCGGCAUCUUAUUUCUGAUGACCAACAUGCAGGUAGGAAACCUGUUCGGGUCACGUCGCUCCACCAUCAUCACUCUCUACAACGGGGCCUUUGACUCCUCCUCAGCACUCUUCCUGGUAAUCAAGUUGUUAUAUGAGUCUGGCGUCUCUCUUCGUGCCUCCUUCCUCUUCCUGUCUGCCUGCAGCGGUGUUCACCUGCUCAGGACGUUCUUCCUGCUGCCCAGAAACUUCAUCCCCUACCCGCUGCCUGAUCGCUACACGUACGGGUUAACCUGCAGUAAAUCAGAGACUGUGAGCUCAGAGGUGGCAGCAAAUGGAAAUGCACAGACGGCGAUAGAGGAAGCGCCGCUCAACAAGGACGUCCCUGUCAAACAAGUGAAGAGUUUCCGUGAGUGUUUGCUGUCCAGGUUCUUUGCGUGGCACCUCCUUUGGUUGUCGGUGAUGCAGCUCAGACACUAUCUGUUCAUCGGCACCCUCAACCCCAUGCUGCAGAGGCUGACGGCCGGAGAGUCUUCACUGGUGAGCCAGUACACCAAUGCCUUUGCUAUCACCCAGCUGUGUGGUGUGCUGUGUGCUCCCUGGAACGGCCUCAUUAUGGACCGACACAAAGGCAAACCUCGCCCUGCAGGAGAGAGCGAACAGGAGGCGGACCUGCGGGCUUCGGUGCUUUCUCUCUUCCUGACAGCGCUGCAGUGUUUGCUGUUUUCUGUUUGUGCCUCCACGCCUUACCUGCCGCUUCAGUACCUCACCUUCAUCCUGCAGGUGCUCAACCGCUCCUUCCUCUAUGGCGGCAACGCAGCCUUCAUCAGUGUGGCUUUCCCGUCAUGCCACUUUGGGAAGCUGUACGGUUUCAUCCUGGCUCUGUCUGCAGUGUUUUCAUUGCUGCAGUAUCCCUGCUUCGCUCUGGUGAAAGGACCUCUGAAUGGAGAUCCUUUAUAUGUGAAUGUCGGUCUGACGCUGCUCACCCUGUUGGCCUUCAUCCAUCCCCUCUCCAUCUACCUGCACUGUCGAAGAGUUUCUUCCCAGCGAGCCAAGAGCAAAGCCAUCAGUGCCUCAUCUCAAAGUCUGUAAAGUGACACCAAAGACUCAGUCUUAAGAUUGACCACCAGUGACACUGUUACCUCUUCAGUUUGUUUUAUUAUUGGUACCCACAUGACUGUGCUGUGAUGCCAUUUCCACAAUCAAGGUGGUAAGUUUUUUCUGUUUUCCAGGCUCUGUUUCAACACACUCAACUGAAAAUUUUAAAAAAAGACACAACAUUGAAGUGCCAAUGUAAAAAGAGCGCAAAGUUUAGGAGUUGACAGACACUGAAGCAAUUUAAAGAUUUUGUAGACUCUUGUUUGCCUGAUGUCUUCAAUGCACAGACAUCAACACACACUCUGUAUCUUCUCUGAUGAUGCUCUCUGAGGCCUUUCAGCAAGAUUACUGCAGCUCAGUCUGAUUUAAUCAGGUGAAUCAUCAGCUAGUUGAGGAUGUUCCACCUCCUCACCCUGAAAACCUUUUUUGGCUGGAUGUAGCUGAAUCUGAACACACAGAUUGUGCUUGUACGUCUUUGCGUUCAUCCUGUUGCUUCCUCCAGCGGUGAAAUCAUCAGAACCUGUGCCAAUUCCAUUGCCAUAACAGAAUGAGUACUGUGUUUGAAGAUGGGGAGACAUGCUUUGCGUCAUUAGCUGUUCUUUUAUUUUUUCAUCCUGCCCAUUGUGCUCUUUACAUCAUUUUCAUAAUAGUUGAUUUUAUUUUAUUUUUUUUUUGUUCAAACUGCCACCUGGCCUUUCUGUUUGUAGGGGUUACCAGGAGUUUCCAUGUCAUGGUAAAUCGUCCCAGGACAAGUCUUCUCUUGAACAUUAAUAAGGAAACUUGGCGGUUACUCCAUUAGAAGAUUCUUGACUUGCUGUCAUAAAGGCAUUUUUACUCACCAUGCAAAUUAUUUUGAGCUCAUUCACAAACUUUUGGUUUCUUUUCAUUAGAUUUUUGUUGCUUUUAGCCUUAUUUGCAUCGUCAUCGUUUAGCCCUCUAUAGUAUAUAGUCAGUCUAAAUGGUACCUGUCAGUCAGCUCUGAGGCAUGUUUGAGUUCCUUUGUGCAACAUUGAAUCAGCACACAGAUACCCACAAACAUUUUGUAUUGUAGUGGUGUCUACUCGAACUCAGAGGAAAGCUGAGUCUUGGCACUUGAAUGUAAUUUCCACUGAUUAAUUUAAAGUUGAUUUGAAGAACAGAGCCUGGAGAACAAAAAAAUGUCCACAUACUUACAAUCUGGGAUGUUUUGCCAUUCACUAACUAACAUCAAGUGCUUGUAAAUGCACGUGAGAUUGUAGAGUAGCGUUAAAUGUGGUUUCAGGUACAGUCUAGUUGUUUCCACAGCACUGUUUGAGCAUGUUAACCACAGAAUUGGAUGCAUCUGUAAUAUUUAAGAGAUUCUGGGAUGCAGCUGUAACUGACUGCCCACACGACCCUUUAUCUCUUCCAUGUUUUCCAAGGUACAUUAUUUUAUUCAAUCUGCAUUUUUGCUUUCACACGAUCUUUUUAUUUUUUGUGACAACUUUUGGAGUUCCAGCUGAUGUUGACCUGCUCCUCGAAGCAUCUCAGUUUUCUUUCUCGUCAUGCCAGCUAUGCUAAUUUUGGUUUCCAGGAUUUUGGCGUGUCUUAUGUUGCUUGUUUAGUGCAGUCUUACUAUUUAACAUAUUUUUAGGUGGUUUUUUUUUUGUUUUUUGUAAUAUUAGCAACCUAAAGAGAUGUUGCACAAACAUGAAAACGUUACAUAUCAUGUUUAUAUCAGUGCAGAGCUCUUCAAGUUAUAUCAAUAUGCUGUAUAUUUUAAUUCUAACAGAAAAUAUAUGAAAAUAUAUGACUGAAAAGGGGACAUUUGGGAUCAGACUAUGAUGUAUAAAGUGUAAUGCAAUAACUUCAGCUCAUUGCUGGAUGUAAAAACUCCUCAGUGAAGCCCCUCUGGUCGUACAAAGAUCAGCGGUUCAGUUACUCAGUCCUGCCAUCUGCUGGCGUCACAGUGGACCUGUUCAUACUAGCAUCAACGUUAACCAAUGAAAACACCGUGAAGUUUUGUUUGCGUUCAGCUUGUGAAGUCUCAGGUGUUCAGUGUAUUUUUGUAUUUUUUUAAAUGCACUAUAUCAUAACUAAUGUUGACAUGUAAAGGAUUAUGAAGGGAUUUUUUAAAAAUUACCAGUAAGUUUCUCUGUCCAGCUGAGAGUAUUUUAUGAAGUGCCAAAACUUUGUGGUUUGUAGAAAUGGUGUUCUACAUAUAAUAGCAAAUCUAAAUGUACUAUACAAACUUAAUUGUGUUGCACCAAAUGAAACAUAUGUUUUGAUAACUUUUGUAGUGUAAAGGCAUUGAUAUCCCAAAAAGGCCUGUUCCAGAAACAGUGAAUGUAAUGUGAAACGGUUAUGUACUUGCUGGCAACUGCCACUUGCAGGUGGUGUAGAAAGUGAAACCGUUAUCUAUUAAGGAGAGAAAAGUUUAAAUGAAACAUGUCCAGUAAAUGUAUGACUUAAAUACAAACACCCAACUUUACUGUAUGUUACAUUGAAGUGAUAAUUAAAUGUUAAUCCCAGAAUA